UCGACAGAACUCAUGAGGACUCAAAACGUCAACUCUUUUCUUCUCCACCGAUGCUGCCGGACCUGCUGAGUUUUUCCAGGUAAUUCUGUUUUUGUUUUGGAUUUCCAGCAUCCGCAGUUUUUUUGUUUUUAUUAUUAUUAUUAUAGGGUAUAAAUGUGUCUGACCUGACCGGGUGUGUCUUACAAUCCAGGAAAACAAUGGAAGCACUUUUAUUUCUGGGUUUUGUUGCAAUUAUUUCAGUUGAAGCUGCAGUUGGUAAAUACGCUGGGGAUAAAGUUCUGCGUCUGAGGCCGGAAAAUGAACAGCACCUACAGUUUAUAAGGCAUGUGUCCCACUCUGCGGAGGUUGAUUUUUGGCAGCCACAUUCGGUUGAGCUGGUGACCACAAACAGGAGUGUGGAUUUCAGGAUCGGUGCUGGUUGGGCCUCGGAAGUUCAGGCUGGACUGAACAAGAUUGGAUUGAAAUAUGACAUAUUAAUUGAGAAUGUGCAGAACCUGAUGGAGAAACAAUUUGACCGAAACAAGACGGAUUCAACGGGCUACGACUAUGAAAAGUAUCAUCGGUGGGAUGAGAUUGAAUCCUGGAUUGCUAAAAUCACUAUUGAAAACCCAAAACUAGUUUCUAGGUUUAAAAUUGGACACAGCUAUGAGCGACGAAGCAUCUAUCUCCUCCGGGUUGGCAAGAGAACAGGUUUUAUGAAACCUGCCAUCUUCUUGGAUUGUGGAAUCCAUGCCAGGGAGUGGAUUUCUCCAGCAUUUUGCCAAUGGUUCGUGAAAGAGGCUGUUAGAAAUUAUGGAUCUGAUCCUGCUAUGACCACUCUUCUCAAUAAACUGGAUUUCCUGGUUGUUCCUGUUAUCAAUGUAGAUGGUUAUGUCUAUAGCUGGGCCAGGGAUCGGUUUUGGAGGAAAACGCGUUCCAGGAAUCCUGGCUCUCGCUGUGUGGGCACUGAUCCAAACCGAAACUUCGAUGCUAAGUGGUGCUCCAUUGGUGCUUCAAGGGACCCGUGUGAUGAUAUUUACUGUGGAUCACAUGCAGAAUCUGAGAAGGAAGUUAAGGCUGUUGCAGGCUUCAUCCGUCAAUACUGUUGCAUCAAGGCUUAUCUCACUAUCCACUCCUAUUCCCAGAUGUGUCUCUUCCCCUACUCUUACACCUAUUCAUUGACACCCAACUACAAAGAACUGAACACUAUGGCUAGCGAUGCAGUUAAAGCCUUGAGCAGUCUUCAUGGAACUCAAUAUGAGUAUGGUCCCGCUGCGAUCAUAAUAUAUCCUUCUGCUGGUGGUUCAGAUGACUGGGCCUAUGAUCUGGGUAUUAAGUAUUCUUUCACUUUUGAACUGCGAGACACUGGCACUUAUGGCUUCUUGUUGCCUGAGUCCCAAAUCAGGCCAACCUGCGAAGAAACCAUGUUGGCAAUCAACUACAUCGCCACCUACGUUCUCAACCAUCCAUAUUAAUCCACUGGAUGUAAAGAAAGUAUUUGUUGGUUACCAGAAAAUGUAUGUAAACUGAAUUUAAGGUUGAGAAUUUAUAGCUAAAUAUUUGUGUACAUGGCAGGUGGAUAGUUAAGGUAUUUCAAAUUAACUAGUCAAUCUCCCAGUGUGUUGUAACUCAGAGACUAUGGCCUCUCCCUUAUAUGCCUCGGUUUCUCAUUCUGUCUCUCCACAUCUAUCUGUCUUGCUUUCUCUUCUCUUCACUUUCUGUCUCCAUUGAAGGAGAAAGAUAGUCAAACUAGAAUGCAGAAAGAAUUUUGAUCUAUUUUUUAAAUUUAAAUUUAACCUUUCCCCAUAACUCUUUCUCCUAUUCUUCUGCUUCUCUCUGUUCUCUUCUACUUGUAUCUGUCUUUUUCUUUAAUCCUUUCCUCUUAGUUAGGAGGUGAUAUGUGACAUGAGGUGAUGUGAUGGGGGAAAGAGCUACCAAUUGCUGCAGGUUAUAUGGGGAUUAUCACCCUCCAAGGUUAUUUUUCCAAUUUCUCAUCAUUCCCCCAAUUCGUUGCUCCCAUUGCAUAUCUAACCUUUCAAUCUCCCACUAACCCUUCCCAUUCUUAGUAUCGCUUCAUUCCCAUUACUAUCCCUAACUCUUCAUCAAACUCUCUGCUCACUUUGUCUAUACUCUGCACCCCUCGAUUCUCUGUAAUUCAAUUAGUCUUCCCUCCGUGAAGCUGGAUAGUGAGUGGCUGGAAGCCUCCACUCUCUACUUCCAGGCUCCCUUCCUACCCAUUUCUCCCAGAGGUUUCACUCCUUUUCAAAUUUUAACUUAAAAAAAUCAAACUAGAUUUUUGACCUUAUCUUUCGCUUCCUAUUUAUGGGAGGGCAGAAUUCAACUUUGGCAGUGCUGCAAAAUAACAACUGCAUCGUCAAAAAUGGACAGAGUGUACAAUGGGUGGCUGAUUCACUGGCAUCCCCUAUGUCUGUCUCCGCAAUUCUGAGAUUUACUUUUCCACCACAUGGAAACAUUUGCCCAUCCCAAAUUGCCUUCUCAAUGGCAUGGGAAUGGGAAACAAAUGCUGGCCUAGCACAGAUGUGAGCAUAUGAAUUAAGAGCCUCCUCUGCCAUGGCUGAUCUGAAUGUAACCUCAACCCCACAUUCCUGCCUACCCCCGAUAACCCUUCACCCCCUUGUUAAUCAAGAAUCUAUCUAGCUCUGCCUUAAAAAUAUUCAAAGUCUCUUCCUCAAA